AUGAAACAUAACAAUCCUUUUAAAGAUUUAAAGAAAUCAAAAUCAUUAAAUUUCAUUAAUUCUAUAGUUGAAUCAAAAAGAAUCAGUGAUACAAUUGAUAUUACCAACAACAAUCCCAACUCUGAUGAUGAACUUGUUAAAAAAUUCUCAUUAACUAGAACAAUCAAUCAUGAAAAUGAUUCAAUUGAACUGUCUAUUUCAAAAGACCUUAAUGUUAACACAAAUCACAACAAUUGGAUGAGGAACUUCAAAGAAUCCAAUCUAAACAAUUUCCAUACCUAUAAACAUGGCGUCACAAACACUGUUUAUUUUACAAGUAGUACCAUUUGUUCUUCCUCGUCUUCUUCGUCACUGUUGGGAUUUAGCUUUUGUGGAGAUUCAAUUCGUGAUUUUACAGUCCGACACAAACAUCCAUUGGUUGUGAACAAACAAGCAACACACUGUACCACACAAACCAGGCAUAUUAAUUUCUUCAAUAUGAAUAAAAAAUCAGACAACAACAACAAGAACUUUAAGAAUAGAUUUCACAAUUGGUUAUUAAGUUUCAAUCAUCAACAUAUAAUUGACAACUCCAACAACUCCAAUAUCGAUAAUGAUACAAUUUAUUACAACACUUGUGGUUCAAGUAUUUACUCCUAA